GUAAUAUAAUGUAAUAAGAAUUACCGUGUUUCAAACAACAGCGCGCAUUUCUUUCCAUUUAACCAAACCCUUUGAAAUACAGUAUGACGCCAACAAAUAAGAUCCUUUCUCUUCAGUGUAAACGGAAGCGAACAGUGACGAACAGUGAUUUCCCCGUUGGCGUUUUUAUUGUUGUUAUUUAGACUUGUAUUAACACCGUGGAACUCAAUAUGACUCAUUUACCUGGACAGCAUCACAUACUUGCCUAAGGUAGUGUUUAAUUCACGUCGGAGACAGGCCUUGGUUGAUAGCUAGCUAAGUUAGCUGCUAACUAAGGUUAGCUAAAAAUGGCUAACGUGAACAGUAUGGUUUUUCACACUCAAAUAGCCUCCAUCAUGGAGGUGCUAGCGAAUGCAGCCGUGGCAGAGAUCUGUAAAGUCGUAGACGACGACUAUGCAGUGUUUCGUUUGGAAAUAACUCAAAGCCAGAAAGAAAACAGGGCAUUGCGGAGGAAACUACAGCUGCUGGAACUGAAAGUGUCACGGGAGCGCGGCCUCGCCAGUCCCAGUAGUGUAAAGAUCCUCGACCGAUACAGAGGAGUGGAAAGAGGUGAAGGACAUCUCACUGCAGGCCACAGGAGCUUUGUGAAGCUAACAGGUCACAAUACAUGGAGAGAAGACCAACCAAUCACUGUUGAUGAGGGGAGUGGAACCUCAACCCAGCAAGUUAUUGUGAUCGAGUCUGCAGAUGCAGAGGCUGCAGGUCCUGGGGUCAAGCAGGAGAGGUCUGAAGGAGAGGAGAACCCAAGGCACAGCAGAGACAUCCAGACUGGUGCGGCUGGAAAGCACCUUGUAGCCACCGAGGACCUCGCUACCACUGCCGCACCCCAGGCCUGGACCCAACGCAGCAUCACAGAGGAGGAGGAAGUGCUUCUGGUGAAGGAGGAUGGUCUGGGGAACCCUGAGAGGACCAUGGUCAUGGAGGACAACCAGACUACACCUCCCCCUGAACCCACAGAGGAACCAACUGAGCAGCACAGGACCACACACAGUCUCACUGAGUCAGUAGACAUGGAGGAUGGGAAGCCUGAUCUGCUGAUAGUCAAAGUGGAGACAAUAGAAGAUGAACCAGAGAGCAUUGACCUGCUGAGUGGACUAAAGAUGGGGGAGCAAGUUGGUUGGCUGGAGCCUAACAAGGGAGACUGGGCGGACAUCUUGGAUUCCCAGCCGGGCGCAGCCAAAGGCUCAGGGGACCAUAUCACUGAGCAGGGCGAGAUAGUGGAGUCUGCAUUCCAUGAAGACCAGCUGAUGUCUGAUGUUGCUGACGGGAGAGGCUGGACCUCUGCAGCGGCUGGUCACAAACCCUGGCCACGGAUCAGAACCCUGGAUCAGGAGCCGUUGCUCUUCCUUCCCGAGUCGCAACUAGGACCCAACCGUGAGGGACAGAGACUCCACCACCACACAGAACACAACCAGUGGACAGGUGGACUGAACAACCCCAGUCCUGGUGGUCAUCAGAGAGGCAGAGACUCCAGUCUCCAGCCCAGACCCUUCUCUUCACAGUCUCAGUGCAGGGAUGGAGCAGGGCCUGGUGCUGAUAGAGAUAGACCCUCCUGUUCCUAUGAUACAAACACCAAAGUAUCCAUGAUGAAAAGAUCCGGUCACCCUGGGCUUCAGCCUUCUCAGAGCGUGGUGGGAGAUGCUCCUUGUGGUAGUCUUUCAGGAAGUCUGUCUUCAGAGUCUCGUCUAAUGCCUGGUGACUGGGUUCAUAGAAGGUCUGGAUCUGGGUCUAGCCUUCAUCAAUUACCUCAUGGUUACCCCACCAAUACAGACAGGGUCAGGAUGGACGUUCACCACGAGAAGUACCUAGCCUAUAACACAGCACACAAUCCCAACAACACCCAAACAAUGGCUAGAGGUCAAGGAGGGAGCUCAAAGACUAACCACCUGAGGGUGGUGGCUCCUGCUUCUACCUCCUCUGGUAUCAUUGGGUCACAACGUGUAAGGCCGAGCAUUAGGACGGACGCCGACAAGCCGUACGCCUGCCUCACGUGUGGGAAGCGCUUUGCUGAGGCGAACUAUGUGAAGAAGCACCAGACUGUUCACACUAAGGAGAGGCCCUUCAAGUGUAAGCUGUGUUACAAGAGCUUCUCCUUCCAGAAUAACCUUAUCAGACAUAGGAGUGUCCACAAUGGGAAAAAAUUGUAGAAGUGUGUGAGAUGUACGCAGGGGAUAUCUGGGAACCAUUCUUUAGUUGACAAACACUACAUGACCAAAACUAUGUGGACACCCCUUCAAACUAGUGGAUUCAGCUAUUUCAGCCGAUUGUAUACAAUCGAGCACACAGCCAUGCAAUCUCCAUAGACAAACAUUGGCAGUAGAAUGGCCCAUACUGAAGAGCUCAGGAACUUUCAACGUGGCACCAUCAUAGGAUGCCUUUCCAACAAGUCAGUUCAUCAAAUUUCAGCCACGAGCAACAGCAGUUCAGCCACGACGUGGUAGGCCAUACAAGCUCAGAAAACGGGAGCGGCGAGUGCUGAAGUCCGUAGCGCUUAAAUUGUCAGUCCUUGGUUGCAACAAUCACUACGAGUUCCAAACUGCCUCUGGAAGGAACGUCAGCACAAAUACUGUUCAUCGGGAGCUCCAUGAAAUGGGAUUCCAUGGCUGAGCAGCCGCACACAAGCCUAAGAUCACUAUGCGCAAUGCCAA